AUGGACAAGAAGAAGAAGAAUGGCGUCAACGUCAGCGAUGACCAGGACAGCAAAUCCGAGAGAGACUCCAGGCCCACACCAACGCAGGCCGGGUCGGGCGAUGGCGAUAGGGCGAGGACCAGCACGAGUGCAAGCAGCGACAAGGACAGCAGCAAAGCCCAUUCGCAUGCGCCAGAGGACGCCAACAAGCAGGGCCCCCAGAAAAAGAGGCGCAAGGUCACUCAUGCUUGCGUAUAUUGCCGGCGAUCUCCCGUCAAGGGCUGGUAUGUCGUGCUGCGGCUGCGGCUGCACUGCGCGCGACACGGCUCGGCACGGAAUUGCUCUGCGCUGCACUGUAUGGCCGAGGGCGAACACAAUACUGACCACUUCGUGGCGCUUUGCUCUGAACAGGAGAGACCCUGUACAAGAUGUAUAAAGCGUAAUAUCGGCCAUCUCUGUCACGACGAGCCUCGCGAGCAUGACACCAAGAAGGCGAGAGGCAGCACAGCCGCCGGCUCGACGAUGGACGAAACGGAAUCCCAAUCGGAUAUCGCACACAGUGCCAUGGACCAGACCACAAGCGCUGCUGUUGCUGCCGCCAUGAGCGCCCCCUCCUUUGACGGGGGAGCAGCUGCCGCAGCCGCGGCUGCUGGUAUCACGGCUGGUGCUGCGGGCUCACUGGGCCGGGGCAACUCGAUACAGCUUGUGCGACCGACACAGCUUUCUGGGAUGCAAGCCAGCGGCCUGGGCCGCGGCAACAUGAAUCAAUUUGCCGGCUUCUCGGAUGCGUGGUUGACUGCCCAGAACCACCUCCAGGACGUGCACAGCUACCAAUCCAAUUAUUUGAUGGCCCCUGAGGUCAGCAACGAAUUUAAUCUCCUCAACGAGUUCCUGAACAGUAGUCUUCUUGAUGACGGCGGCCUGUUGUCUAGCGACUUAGACCAAGGCACGAAAACCCAAAACGACAUGUUGCCAGGCUAUGGCCUCAACCAAAACAACUUGCUCCCGCCGAGCGCAUUGCCCACAGGGUCCAUGCCGCCGCCAGCCGACUCGGAACAAGGCGUGGCCGUCGCCCGGCCAGCAGCGACGACCAACCCGGAGGACAAGAAGCGGCGCGAGGCGGCCGAGUUCUACCUACAGGUGGCCGACCCGUCGGGCAACGACAUGCCCGAGAAGCGGAUGGAGCGGGUGCUGCUUUCCAAGUACGAGGCGGGGCUGCUGCGGCCGUUCAACUACAUCCAGGGCUACAAGCGGCUGAUGGACUACCUCGAGUCGCACAUCCACGCGAGCUCCAAGCAGAAGAUCCUGGCGCAGAUUAACCGCUUCCGGCCAAAGUUCCGCGAGAAGGUGCAGCAGCUGACGGACAUCCAGCUGGUGUACGUCGAGAUGUGGUUCGAGCGCACGCUGAUGGAGUACGACCGCGUCUUCGCCAGCAUGGCGGUGCCGGCCUGCUGCUGGAGGAGGACGGGUGAGAUCUUCAGGGGCAACAAGGAGAUGGCGGAGCUGAUCGGGGUUCAGGUCGAGGACCUGAGAGACGGGAACAUCGCGCUGCACCAGAUCCUCACGGAGGCGUCGGUGGUGCGGUAUUGGGAGGAGUUUGGCACGAUUGCAUUUGACCCAUCACACGAUACCCUUCUCACGGCAUGCGAGCUCAAGUGUCCUAUCGACGACGGAAAGGCGAAGACCAAGUCCAAAGAGAUCAAAUGCUGCUUCUCCUUAAAGAUUAGGCGGGAUGACGCCAAGAUUCCGAGUUUGAUCGUCGGAAACUUCUUGCCGCAUGAUCCCGGACACUGA